AUGAUAAGUUUAGAUGAGAUGGAGUCAGUUGCUAAUUCAUUUCGCAAAAAGCCAAAGAAAAAUACAUCAAUGUAAAUACAAACAGAUGAUACGAUGGCCAUGUUAGAAAUUUUAGAAGCGGAUAUGAAUAAAUUUAGAAUUGAAAAUUUAAGGCUUUAACAAUAGAUAAAGCAAUUAUAAGAGAGUUUAGUUCAUUGUUCUGUCAAUGUUACGAAUACAUCUUCUAAAUUUAUGUUGCCAAGUGAAUUUAAACUAAAAUAUGAAAAUAUGGUCAAGGAAACACUUCCAUCGGCAUUUGGUUAUCUUUUUGAUUAGCCAAAAGUGCUAGUCUAAGUUGUUCAAUAGAGUUGUCUCUUUUUAGAACAUGUGAUUAGAGAAGAACUAAAUAAUAAGACUUCACAAGUUGCUUCAAUUCUUGGAAUAAAUUGUUAAGGAUUAUUCAGUCUUUUAUAAAAGUUAUAUUAAGAUAAUUACUAAAGUGUUUUAGGAUUCAAUGAAACAACAAUAAACAAAUUAAAAUCACAUUCUGAAAAUUGA